UGUUGCCCCUGUACACUAUCUUCUAAUGCGCGACAUGGUCCAACGCGCCAGUUAACCAGAACAUCCUACAAUGGAGUCAAGAUGGGCUUCUCUCGUUGUAUGGGCUGCUAUUUACGCACUCCUGUUUCUUACAUCGUUUAACAUCUACUAUUGUUUGCGUUUAAUACCCAGUGAGAAUCUGUGCGCCUCUCAUGGAAAACCAUGGACUCCAGUGACCAAAGGGCUCGAAUUUACGUGGCAAAUGUUUCCUGCCCUGAGAUUUACAACGCCAUCAGAAUUCUUUGGCGAGCCGAUCGAGGAAGCCGAUGCGAGCUGGCAUGAGUUCCUACCAGAAAGUCCCAUUGCCAUACCAAAGACCCGCCUGCAUGAUCUCGAUAUUGAAACGAACAGGGAUUUUGUGCAUCUGCCUCGGGACAAAAAGAGUGUCCUCGCACUGCCCGAGGUCUUCGUUCAGCUUGGAUGCAUCAAUUUGUUGAGGCAAAACCUCAACCGCCGCCUAAAAGACAACUCGACAUAUACCAAGAAUCCAGCGUUUCAAGGUUCGGAAGAGGACAUCUUGCAUCGAGCGGAUUUAUGUAUAGAGCGCCUGCGAGACGCCUUCAUGUGCUGGGGUGAUGUCAGUUCAGUACUACAGACUUUGACGGUAGAAACUGCGAACGAGACGUCAAGAAGCGAGAUUGACUUCGGCACAAACCACAAGUGUCGCGACUUUGAUGCAAUUGCAGCGUGGACAACAGAGCAUGCGGUCAAGGCAGUCAGGAUGAGAGACAUGUGGUGGGGCGGUCGCAUAUUUUAUUGA